AUGACGAUGACAAUAAUGAAGAGUAUAACAAUGAUGAUUUUAAGUGCUGAGAGCUUGAACCAGAUGCGUAUAUUCCUUGAGUUCUACAAUGAUCACGAGAAAACAGGAAUUAUUUCAAAUAUUCCAAACCAGAUUUCCGAAUUGAUGUACGAAUUGUGGUUGGAUGAAGGCAUUCAAUAUUGCUACAAGAGACGAAGUGAAAUUCAGCUUAUUUCUUCAUGUCAGUACUUCCUGGACAGAAUCAUUGAAAUCUCUGAACCUGGAUAUAUUCCUGAACACCAAGAUAUUCUCAGAUCAAGAGUUCAAACCACCGGAGUUGCUGAAAUCAAGUUUUCAAUAAAUAAACUGGAAUUCAAUUUCUUUGAUGUCGGGGGGCAGAGAUCCCAGCGCUUGAAGUGGUUGAGACUUUUUGGAAUGGUUGAUUCGGUAAUUUUCUUAGUAUCGAGAAACACGAGUUUAUUGAACGCCUCAAUAAUACUUUUCCUCAACAAAAUUGAUGUUUUCCAUGAAAAACUAAAAAUCAGCCCGCUCAGGAAAACGUUUCCUGAAUACAGCGGGAGAAGGGGUUCCCAAGAUGGAUUACAGUUUAUUACAAUGAAGUUUCAUUCAGCGUUUGGACGAGCGGAUGAUGAACUGUACGUACACUACACGUGUGCAACAGAUACGGAGAACGCCAAGGUCGUCUUCAGCUGUGUCAAGGACACUAUUGAGAAGCAUAUGCUAAGGGCUGUUGGACUAUUUUAAUGAAUCUUACAGAAUUCAGUGAUAACCAGAAAACUGUGAAAUACAAGGACGACUUUUAGAAUCAAGUUAAAACUAUAAAGGGUCUAUUGAGCAUGACAUGAUGAAAUACAACAGUUGUGCAGUGUGAACAGGCCGAUUUCAAAUUUCAAAAACAUCAAAUACUCUUAAGUGUUGCUAUAAUGUUCUCUUCCUCUUUCAAUGUUUUCUGGUUAUCACUGUAUCUAAAAUUUUAACUUUUACUGAUCUGAAAGGAAAUGAAUUUUUGCCACAAACGCAAACCUUCCGAUAUCUACAUCCUUGCAUCCUUUAAUAUUUCAAACUUAGAUUAUUUGAUCUAACAUAAUUUUAAGUUUGAAAUAUAAAAGGUCUACUACGUUGGGUUGUAAAGAGUUUGUGGAAAGAACUCAAUUUUUUUCUAGUUAAAAAUCUGAAAACACUACUCAAAUAUUAAGUUUUUUAGAU